GUAUACGAAAGUACCAGGCUAUCCUAUUGCAUUUAUCGUCUGCGCGCGAAGCAGAAAGGGAAAGUGACAAAUAUUGAACAAAAAAGUUGUUGAGUUUGUGCUGUUUUCUUCAAAGGAGAGUCUUGUUUUCAGGGAAUUUUAGCGGCAUAUUAUUUCUGCGAUAUAUUUUUAUCUCACGAGCUGAGAACUUUUUGAUAGUGCGCCCUGUUUUAUGUGAAUACCUCAAUUCAAGUUUGGUGCGAGUGUUGAGGAUUUUUUUCACGGAGGCAUCGAUCAUCACGACCAUGGCAGCGGCCGACUGCUCGACGCUUACUGCCCCGUCCGUGUCCACGGAGCAACCGGUUGUUGAGAUGGAGACGGAUAUUGCGAAGGUUGUGGUUGAAGAAACUACGAUCAUUGAAGAAGAUGAAGACGAAGAAGAUAAGCCCCGCAUCACGCGGCCGAGGGGCAGCUCCCGUGUCCACUUCCCCGAGGACGUCCACGACCCGGAGAUCCACGUCUCGCGAGAGAACAACGCCAGCAUCGACGUCAACGUGGGCUUCCUGCAGUGCAGCCAUCGCUACCAGGUCUGCUUCACCGUGGGCGACUCCAUCAAGGGGGAGGUGGACAUUCCCCUGGUGGACAAGAGCACCGGGGUGCUGUCCGCCGAAGCCUUCCCAACGCAGAACGGUGAUGGCCACGAUGUCACUAUCCAACUCCUUAACCACAAAGACGGCGUCGUAUCAGAAGAUAUUGAGCUCGUCAGCCGAACCGAACCUAGCAAAACUGUCAAAGUUGUACUCCAUUGUCGAUUCAUAAACCCAGGCAAGGACCAGGGCACUCCACAAGUCAAGGAAGGAGUGCAAACGUUGUGUCUAGAGCCAGACCCAUCUGCAGAGGAGUCGGAAGGCAGUGAUUGGACGCCGUUCGAAUGAUGUCAUCGCCGACCCCCACCAUUUGACCUCUGCUGCCUCUUUCAAGAACUUUUUUUACCGUUAGUAGAAGAAAAAAAGAGUCGGCGGGCAUCUUUUCAGUUGCUAGCAUGUCUGUAUUCUAUAAUGUGGAGACUGGCAGAUGUGGAAUUUGGAAUUACAGAUUUGAUAGAUUGGAAAUUAUUUUGUGGGAAAUUAGUUCUGUUAAAGGUUCAAUUCGACUACUGUACAUGUAGGUGUCUAAUUUGGUAUUGAAUGAGCUACAUGUGUACGUACGUGGAGGCUCUUCAGUGAAAUAGUGGCUACGGAUUAUUACUUUUUUCUUUUUAAUAUAAUUUUUAUUGUUAAACGCUCAAAAUGGCCACAUUUACUUUAGUUGGCAUCAAAAAGUAAGAAAAUAUCAAAUCACAUUUUCCCAUUAUUUAUGUUUGCCUCUAAUAAAGACAGAAACAAGCCAGUUGUCUUGAAUUUUUUUGGGGGGGGGAGGGGGGACCGGACAAUUUAGUCUGAGUAUCAAACAUUCAUGUGUGCAGAGUGACCACGCGCGCCAGCCAAUCGAAGUCGACUUUAGAAAUUGUGACGUCGUUUUGAUCAGAAAUGCGGACUAAGCUGUUGAUUGGUUAAUUUGGCUACCAUGUUUUUGUAAUACAACAGUGGUUUUGCAUCAUUAAUCCCCUAAUCUGCUUGCAAUUAGUCAUAGACCCUUGCUGUGCAAGGGGAUAUUCAACAGACUAUACACAAAAUUAAGCCUUUGUGUAAACUUAACAAUCAUUCAUAUAUUUUGAAAAUUUGGCACAAUUUUGUAUUCAACAGGGGAAACUUCCCAAGUGGGAUUUUUCCGGGAAGACAUUUUUCUCCUCUUUGUGAAGAUGUUCGAAAGCAUAUUGAUUGCACCUCGUAGGGAUAUAAAAAAAUAUAAAUAUAUAUAAAGAUAGGUAUUUUUUUCACCACUUAUGAAAACAUUAACCCUUGCGUCCAAUUUGAUUCAUCAAAAUUGAGUGUUACAGCUUGUGAAAGCUUUUUCCCACUCGUUUCUUUUUCCCUGAGUCGCGAGUGCCGCAAAGUGUUUGUGCAGUUAGGGUAACUUGAGACGUCUUGACUAUUGACGGAGAGACGAAACAGAUGAAAUGGAAGAUUUAGCUUUGAAUAGACGAUGAGUGGGUAGUAAGACAUUUUAGAAAAUCACGAGAAAUGUUAUACUUUUAAUGCAUGUUUUAUGUUUUGUCCUGUAUCACACUGAACUUUUAUACGAAUAAACCCUAUAACCCCCAUCGGGUAUUCUUAAGAUACCCUGCUAAAUGCAACAAUAUCCAACUCAAAUGAGAACCCUGCUAAAUGCAACAAACUGCAACAGUGGAUUCUGUUGCAUUGUGCAGUGAACACAGUGCACACCAACUUUGGCACCAAGAAGUUACAUGUACCCUGUUAAAUGCAACAAUAUCCAACUCAACUCAAAUGAGAACCCUGCUAAAUGCAACAAAUUAAUUGCAACAGUGGAUUAUGUUGCAUUGUGCAGUGAACCUAGUGCACACCAGCCUUGGCACCAAGC